CAUGAAACAAACCGUAAGAUCGACUAAGAUGUCUUUGGUAAGAAUGUUGACCCUGGGCGUUGGCCUGGUGCUUUUGAUUCCAAAUGUAAAUUGUUCUGCAACAUGUCAGGAGAAAUAUUUAGAUGGACAAACACCGGAUACCAAACAUAUAGUUACAGUUGGGGAAAAGAUAACACUCAAAUGUGAUUUGUCUGCGGUCAACGAAACAACGGAUGUGGUCUACUGGAAGACUGAUAAAGCCGUGAUGUCCGAGGAUGAUGGUGUAAUUCCAAAAUUUCAGUCUAAAUAUAAUGUAUCUUAUGGGAAGAAUGCGAAAGGGACAGUUCUCUACACAAUCUCAUGGAUAGCAGAGUUAGACGAUGCAGGGACUUAUAACUGUACAUGCUCAACAGGUGGAAUAAGAUUCAGAGUUUGGAUAAGACGCCCCUGCAAUAAACGAGAAAAUGUCCGCCAAACAAAUACGACGACAUCUCCAGUAGUUCUCAAUUACUUGAAGACAAAUAAAAGCUAUCCUCUUCAAGCAAAUACACCUCUCAAUUUCAAAGUUGGCCUGGACUGCAACUGCACUUGGCCAGAAGUCAACAGGACUUUCCAAGGAAAAUGGUAUGGCACCAGUACAGAUGACCCUAGCUUAAGCGACCUUUUGCCAAGCCGAUCUGUAAAUGGAACUCAAGAUCAAGAUUCUACCAAGACGCCUAUUGGAUGCUACACUGGCAAAGGAAGCGUGACGUAUCGGUACAGAAAUGUUUUCGGAUCUUUUGCCAAUGUAGAAUUCAAGUGCCCAAUUGCGGAGAUAGACAAAACAUACAAUUUUUACAUCGAUGAGGUGGAGGAGAAAAAGCCGGAGGAGUUCACCACAAUUAUGAGCAUCUCCUGCAAAGCCAGUUAUUGUGACAAUUAUGGAUCAGGUAAUGUCCUAGCCUAUGCCGGCAUCUGCACUAUCAUCUGGCUUCUGGUCACUCUAGCUGCGAGACGUGCGAAACAAAAAGAUGCCAACAGGCAAAUAAACACGAAAUGUAUCUUCAUAACUUUGCUUAUAGUGGGGAUCAUAGCGGUUCUUGGUGUAGCUCUUGGCCUGGGAGGCAUUUGCACCAAAGGCUUCACCCGCGAAGCACCGCCCCUUCGAGUGGGUACUUUGUUCGGCAUUAUUAUGGUCACGAAUUUGGCUAUUGUGGCCAUCAUUGUCAGCAUUGUAUUCCUAUGUUGGUUAAAAAAGACAGAAGCACCAAAAGGAAAUCAUAUGGUUAAGGGGCAAGAAAACCCAAAUUUUAGUAACAUCCCUGAAACGACUGACUCAAGAACACCUCCACCAGAUGAAGGAGAGGCAACUGCUCCAACUAACACCAAACUCGCUCAUCCGAACAUCCAGAAGGAUUAUGAAAACGUUCUGCCACAUCAACGUAAAAAAGAAACUGAAAAUGACUAUAUCCUUCCUGGAGCACAACGCCGGAAUGCGAAGCUUUGUACGAUUUGCUGUAAGAAUCCUGUACAAGUUUAUUUCAAACCCUGCAAACACGUGGCUGUUUGCAAUUCUUGCGCCAAGAGCAUGCAAGAUAAAGCUGAAAACACACAAGCAAACUGCCCAGUGUGUAGGAUACCAGUGACAGACUUCCAAACACUCUGCAUGGUGUGUUUGGAAAAUCCAAUCCUUGGGUACCUCACACCCUGUCUCGAUAAAGUAGUUUGUAAAUCAUGCGCCACUGAAUUGAUGAAGAAAUCUGUUGCGUUCUGCCCUUACUGCAACAAAGAGGUCUUUGAUUACAAUCUGUAAUUAUUUCAUACAAAAUUUAGCAAUCAUAUCUUUUCAUUGCAAAAUGAAUGACACACCAAAUCUACUUUGGAGCCUCGUCCUUUGAAAGGUGUAAAACCAAGUGUCCUAGUCCUGGUUGCGAUGCCAGAGCGAGAAGGACAUUAUUCAAAUGAAGAAAUUAUGUAGCUUGUGUCUAAACGACCGUCCAUAAAGUACGUGUACACUAAAACCUGGAUUUUCGUACCCCCCUGCCCCCUGUACACGUUCACACCUUUGAAAAUUUGAUCCGGAUUAGUUUAGACCGCCAAUUGCCGGGCUAUUUUAACCCGGCAAUGAUUAGAGGGUCAGACCCAUCUUUUGCCCAGGAUCAAAAUUUAGCCCGGCUUUGGGCAUGGUGUGGACAAAAAAAGCUGGGUUAUAACGUUUACUGGGCCCGGCUACAGAUGGCGCUUGUAGGAACUCUCCUCAUUAUACCGGUAUACUCUGUCAUCACAGACAAUUUUUACAUUGUAUUUUCGGUUGCAAUAUAGUUUAGAUCUCGCACUUGCACAAGUUUAUUUCACUCCUAUUUUGUAUCCGAGUACAUGAUUUACGGUAAAAUAAACUUAUUUGAAUCUUGAAUCUUUGCGGAGAUUAGAAUCACACAUAUUAUGUAAACACAAACCACGCUGUCAGUGUCACUUUUUUAUCAUUUUCGAUUUGCUAUCGCCAUACGAUGGCCAUUUAUCUAUCGCUGAUUGUAUUGUAUUGUGGUCAACAGUAUCAUAAAAUCGCUUCUAAGAUGAGGUAUGAUAAAAUACCUUUACUAUUCAUCAUGUUCAUGAAAAUGAAUCUCUGUAUAUGAACUGUCAAUAUUUUAUGAUAUAGAGUUAUUGAUUAAAUUUACUUUAUUACCCAAGAGCCAAACCUUUACUAUUCAUCAUGUUCAUGAAAAUGAAUCUCUGUAUAUGAACUGUCGAUAUUUUAUGAUAUAGAGUUAUUAAUUAAAUUUUCUUUAUUACCCAAGAGCCAAACCUUUACUAUUCAUCAUGUUCAUGAAAAUGAAUCUCUGUAUAUGAACUGUCGAUAUUUUAUGAUAUAGAGUUAUUAAUUACAUUUUCUUUAUUACCCAAGAGCCAAGCCUGAUAUAUUGAGAUUAAUAUAUUGUUUUAUACAGUCCUAGUCACAAUUAACACACCCUCUUUUGCGCAGGCUGCGCAGAACCUGCACUUUAGUGCCACCAGCUGCUUACACUCUGGUUAUGUGCACAUCACUUUCCUUAUGUUAGGGCGUAAAAUUCCGCAAUCCAACUUGGCAGAAGGUGCAUGCAAGUUGCGCACAGCUCAUGUAAAGGUCACCUCGAUGUGGUCGGAGCUUUCAUGAAACCUAUGCUCAGGUUGUGUGGAAGUUGCGUAUACCCCCGAAACCAAGGAAGACAAGGGUCGCAUUCUAAAAGCAAAAGGAAAAAAAGCGACAUGUAGGCAAACACAACAUACAGCAAUCCAACAUUUGGGAAAUGGUGCAGGUAAGUUGAGUCAGACAGCUCAUGGAGAAGUCAGCUAGACCUACUCGGAGCAUUCAUGCAACCUACACUCAGGUUGUGUGUAGGUUGCGGAUACACUGCGCAUUACAUACACAGACUCGGGGAUGUCAAUUGUGAUUGGGACUGUAUAUUUAGUAUUUGUAAAUAUGAAUCUCUGUACAUAAUCUUUGAUGCAAAUGACAUUAUAAAGAUGGCAUUCUGGACAUCAACUUUAUUUCACCGACCCAUGUUGCCCACUUUGUCAACGGCGAAUUAAUGGCAGCAGUAAAGUGGGACGACCAUAUAUACCAUGUGACUAUAUAUCGUACACGGAAAUAUGUUCACGAAUAAAUAUUGCCAUAAAAAUCAUGAAACAUCGCGAAAAUAAAAAUCUGUUUGGGCAAGCCGUAGAGGAAUCGGUUCAGAAAAGUUGACCACUGUGAAAAUGUUUAUCCGCUAAAAUAUAUCCGUUUAUGGUAAAUAAAGAAAAUAGUAAAUCACAGAUUCUGUGAUUUUUUAUGCAUCCUAGUGUCGUUAAAAGUUUCCAAGUGAUGCGUAACCCACUUUAUCCAAGAUGUGUUCAAAUGUCUUACACUUUAGUUAGUUCAUCCAUCAGGAAUAAAUAUUGCCAUAAAAAUCAUGAAACAUCGCGAAAAUAAAAAUCUGUUUGGGCAAGCCGUAGAGGAAUCGGUUCAGAAAAGUUGACCACUGUGAAAAUGUUUAUCCGCUAAAAUAUAUCCGUUUAUGGUAAAUAAAGAAAAUAGUAAAUCACAGAUUCUGUGAUUUUUUAUGCAUCCUAGUGUCGUUAAAAGUUUCCAAGUGAUGCGUAACCCACUUUAUCCAAGAUGUGUUCAAAUGUCUUACACUUUAGUUAGUUCAUCCAUCAGGCCCAAUGAAUAAAAUGUUUGUUUAUCAUCCCUGCAAGUAUACUUUCUCCCACAUCAAAAAUCUUCUUUCUAUUUAUUCGUUACCAAAUUUGAUCACCAAAUAGGGGCUCGUACAGAUUCAAGUGGUUUCAAUAUUUAUUUGUUUGCAUUCCUGAUGACGGCUUUGUUCUAUUGACAACAAAAAUGUCCAAACAAAGUGAAAAUAGAAAAGUAGCCUUAAACGUUUCCACGAUGUGAGUGGGAAUGGCCUAUAUGAAUUUCAAAACAGUCACUUGAAAAUAUCCAAUUUUAAAAACGUGCUGUGUAUUGAUUGUGUAGCUCAACUAUGACAAAGAUUUUUUGUGUAUUAAAUAUUAUCAAGAAACUUUGAUGUGCAUUGGUAGUUUUAUGUAUGUAGGCAACAUGUAAAUAUAUGUGGGUUUCAGUGCCAUUCUCUUCUUUAUCUUAGACUUUUUCUAAGUAGCGGUACUAGUUUUGAAUAGAAAAAAUGCACAAUUUGUGAUGAUAUAAAUGUUUUAUUUUUAGAAA